CUUUAUAGUGACUUUGCUGAAACAUAUUCCCCAAAAAAUGUUACGAUUUUCAAUUAUAUUUAUCAUUUUAGGCCUUAGUUGUGCAUUACCGAAGGAUAUUAUAAGUGACGGAAAUGAAAUUGAAACUACGACCAUCAACUUAGAUUUUCCAAGAAUGCCUGAAAUGGUCUCCGUUACUGGUUAUCCCGUGGAAUCUCAUGUGGUUGAAACUCAAGAUGGAUAUCGACUAACAAUGCAUCGUAUUCCCCAUGGAAAAGUUCCCGAUGAUACAAAGAGGCCAGUUGUAUUUCUCCAACACGGACUUUUAUGCUCCUCUGCAGAUUGGGUUGUUAUCGGACCCGAACGUGCCUUGGCAUAUCAACUUGUAGAUCGGGGUUACGAUGUUUGGAUGGGAAAUGCCAGAGGGAAUACCUAUUCCAGAGAUCACGUAUCCCUCGAUCCGAAUUUCCCUGCUUUUUGGGACUUCAGUUGGCACGAGAUAGGAAUGAAAGAUUUGCCAGCAAUGUUGGACUACGUUUUGACGAUUACAGGAUGGGACACACUUCAUUACAUUGGCCAUUCCCAAGGAACAACGUCUCUGUGGGUUAUGCUUUCUCUUUUACCUGAAUACAACAACUACUUCCUAUCAGUUUCUGCUUUGGCUCCCGUUGCUUACAUGUCAAAUUGCGAGAGUCCUGUCUUUCGCAGUAUCGCAUUAAGUUCUGACCCACUGGAUCUUCUCACCGAUCUCUUGGGAGACUACGAAUUCACACCAAGUUCAAAAUUGAUGCAGUUAGGGGGCGAAGCGGCAUGUAUGGAUUAUUCACCAACCCAGGAAGUUUGCUCUAAUAUACUCUUCUUGAUUGCCGGAUACGAUUCUCAACAAUUAAAUCGAACUCAACUCCCUGCUAUAAUGGAGAAUUUUCCUGCUGGUGCUUCAACCAAACAAUUGAUUCACUAUGGACAAGUUAUCAACUCUAAUCAUUUCCGCCAAUAUGACUAUGGACUUCUUGGAAAUAUGGAGAAAUAUAAAUCAACUACUCCUCCAGAUUAUCCUUUGGAAAAAAUCACUGCCCCGAUCGCUCUCUUUUACAGUGAGAACGACUGGUUGGCUGCUGUAGAAGAUGUUGAUCAAUUACGUUCCAGGAUAGAAAAGACCCUUAUUAAAGAUUAUCUGGUACCUUUGCCAGAAUUCAAUCAUAUUGAUUUUCAGUACGCUAUUGACGUUAAAUUUUGGUUGUAUGACGAAUUGAUUAAUUUUAUUGAUAGUCGCAAUAAUUGAAUUUUAUUACAUUCAACAAAUGUAUUCCAGAUAAUAAAAGUCUUUAUGAAAUCGAAAUAG